GACACGCUGCCAGACAAUCAACAAAUCAGCUUCAGCUACAAUCGUGUUAACAGCAUCAGCAGCAGCCUUAUCCUUAUCAACCAACAACAUGAAGUAUCUGUGCGUUUUCAUCAUUUUUGCCAUGUGCCUGGCCCAUUGCCUGGCUGCCAUCGCGGAGCCAGUCGCCGCAUCCUCGCCGGACGCUGAAGUCGAAUCGGUGGUGGGGGAGAAGAAGACGGAGAAACGUGGCAUCUAUGGCUUUGGAUAUGGUCACUAUGGACACGGCUAUGGCGGCGGCUAUGGACACGGACAUGGUCAUUAUGGUGGCUAUGGCUUUGCCAGUCCCUAUUAUGGCGGCUUCGAGUAUGUGCAUCAUGCCACACCCUACUAUGGUGGCCAUCAUGCUAGUUUCUAUCCUUAUCAUCAUGGUCAUUAUGGUUACUAUUAAGGAAAGCCAGCAACAAUCACAACAACAGUAACAACAUUCCAUUUUAUCAACAAUUGCGUCCCACCACGCUCAUCGCUGCACCAUCACAAUGCAUAAGUAAUAAUAAUAAUUCAAUUUUUUUUUUUUUUUUUUUUCUGUUUCAUAUCAUACGCUAUGAAUAAACAAAAUGUCCUUUGAACGCUUAACAAAAAUCGUGUGUAUUUGAAUUGGCGCCAUGCAAAAAUCGAACACUGCGGUUAGUAUUCGAAAUCGAUGACAUUAAGGGCAGCAAAAUUGACGACACGCUAUCGAUUGUCGAUUCCUUGUAUUGAUAGUUGUUGGUCCAUCAUUUUUGUUGCUCGUUUUUAGAAACCAUCAAUUGAUUCUUAAGAAAACUUUUGCCGUACCAAAAUUGAUGUUUUCGAAAAUAAUUCAAAUUUUAAUUGAGAAAUCAUAGUGAAAUCGUAAACGUCAAAAAAUAUACCCUUUGGUAUAAAAUACAGCAAAUUACCAGAUGUGCUUUUUUGGUAAUUCUUGAGCUUCAAACUGCUGUCAUUUAACAACCUUUGCUUCAUCUUCAUUCGUGUAAAAAUUCCGUUACUCGAUUAUCAAUCUGGCAUUUAUUGAAAUAUGCUAUUCUCCAAAAACAGUUUCAAACCCAGUAUAAAUUAAAAAAAAACAA